AUGCCGUACUCCGACAGCAUUACCAUUGUUGUUGGCCCAGAGAACGAUGAUGCCAUGAACAUGCUGCGCAACGGCACCGGGGACGCCGUGUUCAUCUACGCGGACCAGGCGGCGCUCUACCAGUGCUCUGGAGUAGGUGACGCUACAGUGUCGUUCAAUUGCAGCCUUUGGGAUGGCUUUGGCAUGGAGUACGCUUAUGUCCAAACGGGACAGAAGGGCUACGCUCUCAACGGUACCACAUUGGCGAUGACGAAGCCGGGCUCUAUGGUGCCAAGCCUUAUCAACGGAUGCCUGGCCGAGUUCAUGCAGACCAAGGAGUACUACGACGUCUGCCGGAAGAAUGGGAUGGUAGACCAGUGUUAUCCCAACAGACACUUCCCAGUUGGAUCCAGCACCAUGGCCAGCUACGAGAAGCCCACAAACGAGCUCACGGGUGACUGCUCCACAGGGUAUUGCCCAUGUGGGCCCGAGCCCACGACUACGACAGCGGCAGGUCUCACCACGAGUGGCACUGUGGCGCUGAGCUUCGGGCCAAUUGCAGGUCUUCUGUCCGCCCUCAUCGUCAUGCCGAGCUUCGAUCCCUUCAGAUCCACUACAAAUGAUGUCGUGCGCGAGGCCAUCAUCCCAUUGAGCCGCGAGGCAGCUGUGGGCGGCGGAGGUCGUGCCAUGUCCUCGAUUCUGGAAGGGCGUGACGUCCCGGCAAUGUGUACGGUCACGCACAACUGGUCGAACCUGUUCUUGCACCUGAUUGCCGCCAUCUUUGCGGAUGCCCUUGGCGAGAAGUACUACGCAGACAUCGCAGCCUCCUUGGCUGCCGGCGGAGCUGCGUUGAAGCAGCUGGAAGAACGGCUCCUGGAGCGGCCCAUGUGUGCUGCCAAGACGUAUUGGGUCUGCGCCUUCGCGGUGAAUCAGCACGCCUGCAUCUGCGACAACUUUGGCCGACCGCCAGAGAACCCGGACGAUUUCCGGGAGUGGGAUUCCAAGCGGCGGGACUCGUGGACGGGGGAGCUGUACACGCCUUGUACAUGCAGCGAGCCGAAGUAUUACAACCAUGACGAGCCGGCGCUCUGCGAGAUGAACAAGUUUGAUGCCAUGAUGCGGCAUCUCAACCGCACCCUCCCGGACUUCUCGCAUUUGGUCGUAGCAGGUACCAACUUCGAGGUCUUCACCCGGGCGUGGUGCAUUGCAGAGAUCGUGGAGUCCGGCAUGUCGGAUAUCAAGCAGCGCAUCCUGAUUCACUCCGAGGAAACCCUUGAUUGCAACUACCAGCGGCUGACGUGCAUCGAUGUGCGCCAGUGUCAAGCCACACGUCCCGAGGAUAAGGAGAUGAUCCUCAGUAACAUCAGGGACUUCGAUGAGUUUAAUGCCGCCCUGCAUUCGGCCAUCUACGGCUCCGAAGGCAUGAUGACCAAGUUUGCCGACGGUUUGAGCGUUGCCCGGCGAGUUGGCCACAUGGUGCGUCUCGCGA